UUAAUUAAAUUGGAAAAAAAAAAAAGGAAGUUCGUCUAUUACUACCACCAUCCCUUCCCAUUCAUCCUUUCCGACCAAACAACCACCGUAGAAGAACACCCCAUCUCUCUCUCUCUGUGCUUGUUUGGGUGGGAGAUCGCGAGGAACCAUGUCUUUCCGAAUGUCAAAUGCAUCCUCUGGUAUGGGAGUGGCUGAACACAGCAAGAGCACCUUCCUGGAGCUGAAGAGGAAGAAGGUGCACCGUUAUGUGAUCUUCAAGAUUGAUGAGAAGAAAAAGGAAGUGGUUGUGGAAAAGACUGGGGCUCCUGGUGAGAGUUAUGAUGAUUUCACUGCUUCAAUGCCUGAGAAUGACUGCCGCUAUGCUGUUUAUGACUUUGAUUUUGUCACUGAGGAGAAUUGCCAGAAGAGCAAGAUCUUCUUUAUUGCUUGGUCACCUUCCACCUCCCGCAUCCGUGCCAAGAUGUUGUAUGCCACAUCCAAGGACAGAAUCAAACGUGAGCUUGACGGUGUUCACUAUGAGAUCCAGGCUACUGACCCAACUGAGAUGGAUUUGGAAGUGCUCAGGGACCGCGCACACUAGGUUCUUGAGUAGCACAAGGCACAUUCUAAUUGGUUGUAAUGGCACCUCCUGCUUUCAGAUGUGGCUGAGAUUAUGCUGAUGCUCUCAAAUAUUGGUAUUUGCAAUAAAUGUCUUUACACCUGAGAAGGCCCAUGGUGGGGGGAGGACCUCUUUGUUUAGUUGGUCAGUGUCCCGAAAAGUUUAAAACUUUGCCCUGCUACUUUGAUUGUUGUUAUUAUUAUUAUCAUUAUCAUUAUUAUGCAUGACAACAGUGACGAUUGUAAUGACUCCCUGUUGCUUUCUUAUUGUAUAAGAAACCGUAGUAACAAAAUCGCAUACAUUUGUCAUCUGAGCCUUCAGUUCAGAUAUUGUCUCUUGUUAUUGUUCAGCCAUGGUGCAAAUGGAGCAUUUAUUUAUUUAUUUA